CGACAGACAGAUCAUCCAACGAUAUUCGCCAAGAUGAACAUCAUUCAAGGUUGUGUUCUGGUUUUCCUGGGCCUGGUGCUCACCGCCGUCGAUGCCCAAACCCCAACCCGAAACGAAACUAGCAAGGACAGGGCCUGCGGACCUGGCCGUUACUACAACGAAUUGCGCCGCACUUGUCUGCCCUGGUAGGGAAUUUAAGUGCUAUAAAGUGCUAAGUGGUAAAUAAACUGCAAACAAAAUUUACAAAAUUUUAAAA